AUGUUUUUCGAAUGGAGUUUCUGCGUACUCGUUGUUAUAUGUAUAAUACAGUACUUUUAUACAAGAAGUAAGAGUGUUACAGACGAAAAUCGCAUAUUUCAACAAUUUCAGUGUCGUUAUCUUCUUAUCUAUCUUCUUGCUGCAGCAGGUGACUGGCUUCAAGGACCUUACAUUUAUGUGCUAUACGAUUCUUAUGGGAUGACAAAGCAUGCAAUUGAAUUAUUAUUUAUGUCUAGCUUCGCUUCUAGUCUUAUCUUUGGUACAUUUAUCGCUUCCGCUGCUGAUAAAUACGGACGUCGAUUAAGUUGCUUGUUGUACGCUGUACUAUAUGCUACAGCAUGUGUUACGAUGCAUUUUACGAAUUUCUGGAUUUUAAUCAUUGGUAGAGUAUUUGGUGGUAUAGCGACAUCUAUUUUGUAUAGUGCAUUCGAAUCAUGGUUGCUUUGCGAACACAGUAAGCAUGGUUUCAGUCCGGAUUUGUUGAAAAUAAUUUUUUCAAAUGCAGCUUUGGGCAAUUCAAUUAUAGCGAUUAUUUCUGGACUGGUGGCACAGUACUCCGUCGAUGCUUUUGGAUAUGUAAUUCCGUUCGAUAUAUCAAUUGCGGUGCUAGUAAUGAUGACGAUAUGUGUCAUUGGUUGUUGGACAGAAAAUUAUGGCUGUGAAAAAACAGCCCUCAGUCUGCAGUUUAUGGAUGCAUGUAGUGCUAUGAGAAAUGAUUGGCGAACGAUAUGUUUGGCAUUGAUUCAAAGUUUAUUUGAAGGCACGCUGUGUUUAUUUAUUCUUCAAUGGACACCAACAUUAUCAGAUGCAAAUAAUGGUGUGAUAAAACACGGAUAUAUCUUUGCAUCGUUUAUGGUAGCAAUAAUGAUCGGUUCAAUGACGUUCAAAUUAUUUAGCAAAUAUCAUCGACCAGAAUCAUUCAUGAGAUUUGUAUUGGCAGUAUCAGUUUUAUGCUUAGCUACACCAAUUAUAUGGCCAAAUCAUGCGAUGGCCAUAUUCGCAGCGUUUGUAUUUUUUGAGAUUUGUGUUGGAAUCUUUUGGCCUUCAACGGGUUUCAUGCGUGGAGUUUAUAUUGCUGAAUCUACUCGAGCAACACUUAUGAAUUUUUGUCGUAUUCCACUAAAUGCUAUCGUUAUUAUUAUUUUGUUACAGAACCUAUCACGUCAAAAAAUUUUCCAAUGUUGUGUGAUAUUUUUGACGUUUGCUACAGUUGCUCAACAAUACCUAUACAGAAUCACAACAGAUGAUGGAAAAGAGGAAGCGAAAUUAUCGGUGAUGAACACACCAAUAACAACGGAGAAGAUCGCCGUGUCAGCGCCUACCAAUCCACUAAAUGGUUUAUCGCUAAUUUCUAUAACCAACCAAUAG